AUGGAUAAAAAGAAGGAUACCAGGAUUAGGUCUCCAUUAGUAACUGAAGAUGUCGAACAAUUCCUAUGCCAGAACAGAUUCAGCGUUCUAAGGAUGCAACCUGAGAAAGCUAAUACCAUUCUGAGAUCGAAGACUUUCAAAACUGCAUACAGGAGACUAGACUUGGUCAAAUCAGCAGAAAAUGAUGUACCUACUCCUGGUGCAAUAAGAGAGAGGCAAAGGAUAGAAUAUACAGAGAACUUCAAGGAAUCAGUAUACAAAGCUUGGGGACAACAUAUACAAGGGCAUACCAUGUAUGCAAUCUGGAGGAAACUCAAGUUGAUUGAGUUGGAAACCUCCCAGAUGAAUAGAGAAAUGUCAACAUUAGAGACGAAACUGAAUGAGCUGAAAGAGAGGCUGCAACAUACACAGCUGGAACUGAGUGCAAAUCUGUUCAAUAAACAACUCAUUACAAUUGAAAAAGAUACUUUGGUACAACUGGAAAAAUGGAUAACUAUAUAUGAGAAAGUUCUUCGACAGAAAUUGAGAGAAACAUGGCUAGCUUAUGGAGACUCGAACACAAAAUUCUUUCAUGCAACACUGAAGGCUAGAGAAGCUAGAAAUAGAAUGUCCUCUAUUUGCACAGAACAUGGAAUACAAGAUGUAACAGAAGCAGAAGUGCUUCAGUCUCUGAAAGACCUCCUAGCUGAUAAAGCUCCUAGCAUUGAUGGAUUCCUAGCUGAAUUCUUCAAACAGUACUGGCAUUUGAUAGGGAAGGAUGGAAAAAAAGGCUACAAUGCAGUUCUUUCAAACUGGUUGAAAUUAGUAGUUGACUACUUGGUGGGGCCUUCACAAUCAACAUUCAUCAAGGGGAGAAACAUUCUAGAUAAUGUGAUUGUGGCGCAUGAAAUGGUUCAGUGCUACACACAAAAAGGAGUGUCUCCUAGAUGCCUAGUAAAGGUAGACAUUAGGAGAGCCUAUGAUUCAGUUAAACGGGGCUUCGAUAGAAUGGUCCUACUAGAAUAUGGAAUGCCUGGGAAGUUUGUAAACGUAAUUAUGGAGUGUGUCAGCACAGUGAGCUAUUCUUUGUUAUUCAAUGGUGGCCUUACACCUAGAUUUCAAGCUAAGAGAGGUCUAAGGCAGGGAGGCCCAAUGUUUCCAUGCUUGUUUGUUCUUGUGAUGGAGUAUUUGAAUAGGUCCCUCAAGCAGCUAAGACAUAAUCCAAACUUUAACUAUCACCCAAGAUGCAGCAAGUUGGAUAUAGUCCAUAUAUGCUUUGCUGAUGAUUUAAUUAUGUGUUGCAGAGCUGAUCCAAUUUCUAAAAAGUUGAUGCUUCAGCAGCUCCACCACAUCUCUGCAGUAUCUGGUCUCAAGGAAAAUUUAGAAAAGAGUUCAUUGUAUGUGGCAUGGAUCAGUCAACAACUUAAGGAAUAA